AUGGCCCCCCCACCCCCCGCCAGGGGGUACCUACUGGGUACCCUCAGCAAGACGUCUGAGGGUACCCAGUGGACUUUUGAGGAUGGAGGAUUGGCUGGUGAUGAAGAUCGAGUAAACAACAACGACAAGAACGAGAAUCCACUCAGCAACAACAGAGAUAGUGACUGGGAAAUCGUCACAACUGGUGCCAGAUCCGAUGCGACCACACCUGAACCAUCGGACUUCGACUCUCUGGGCUUUACUUCCGGCUCCGAAUUCGAUAUGGAUAAACGAUUCAACCUACCCCUUCGUCGCCGUUUGUCAGAAGCGGACUUCUAUUCGGAGAGGGAUUCGGAUACAGACUCAGGCCCCCAAUCCGAUUCAAACGAGUUCCAAGUUCAUUCUGAGCGGCGCCGUCGCCUAAAACGCCGCCACGAAGCAUUGGCACAUGGACCAAAGGAAGGGUCGUCUUGGGCAAAGCAGAAGAGUCUGAAUGCUUCUGCCAAAGACGCCGAGUUCAGUCCUGACGCCGCAAGUCUUGAUCGUUUCCAAAAAUCCGUUUUGAAGGACAAUCCUCGAGCGGAGUUCUCAGACGCCAAUCCGCGGCGGGUCCGGUGCUCCAAUUGUGCCAGUUGGCUUGAGAUGCGCACACUUUAUGAUUUGGUGCGCUGGAGGGAGCAUCGAAAGACUGCCAAAUGCAAGAAGGCUCGUCAAUCAGGCCUCCAGACCAGGUCGUUGUUUACCAUGGGUUUUCGGAUCAUCUCGCGCUCAGAGACGCAACCUAUCCCUUCUCCGGCUCCUCUCGUUACACUUCCUUGCCCGUGCCUAAGUGCCAAAGCCUUCCCGGAUGUCGGCAGAUAUAUCCUACGUACCGCGGUCACCGGCGGCGGCGCCCCAUCACGAGCUCGUAUCAUUGAUGGCCUCUUUCCGGGACAAGGCCUGCGGUGGAAGGAUCUCUCCAUCAAGCAGAAGGAUUAUGUUCUCAAGAGGGAAGCCAAUCUGCAAAAGUGGCACAUCUCACACGGUUUGCACAUCGUUUCCGCUACGAACUGCAUGCAAAAUGUCGCCAUCCGCCGUGCUGUGCCCGACGAAAGGAGGAUGAAGUUUGUGCCUGGCAUCUAUCGAGACAAGGAGCUCGGGACAUUGUACCUGAAGCAUGUUGGAUUGCGGGAGUUGGUUGAGCUGGACGACGGUCAAUCGCCAUGGCUCAAGUUUGCGCUCGGCUGUGCCAGUGGCAAUUACAAGUCUGAUGUAUUGACGGGCAUGGUGCAAGCACUUGUUACCAAGCAAGACCGCAUGAAUCUGGGCAAGAGUAUGAAGAACAUGAAGUACAGCCAUGAAUUCAGCCAGUUCUGUGACGUCCUUGCCUCAACAGCUCCCAAGGCAUAUGAGACGUUUUGCAAACAAUUUGGUGGCCCAGGUCUCCGAACCCAACGGCAGCGACGUUCGAAGAUGCCCCGUUUUGAGCCCGACAUAUCUGAGUUCAAUGUGGCAAAUGCUCGCAACGUCCUUGAUGAAUUCGAGUAUGAAGGGCCUGUUGCCCUUUCAUGGGACGAUACAUCACUGCAGCCUUCUAUCGAGGUCCAUUCGAGUUCGAAAGAUGAAUGCUACAUACUUGGUGGUGCCGAUGGUGCGAUUCUUGUGAAGAAAGGUGAUGACUUGGAUGCGCUCUUCGAGAAGGCCAAGUUGAACAAGGCGGACAAGCUUCGCAUCUACAUGCUCUCGAUUCCGCUUCCCAAGGUCCCUCCCAUCCUGAUUGCCGCUAUUGCCCGCGGAUCUUCCGAGACAGCACCAGAGCUGGCACAAAUGCACCUUGAACUCCUCAACCUCCUUCAUUCCCAUAACAUUCACCCGAUCUCGAUGUCUUCCGAUGGGGCCGAAGUCGAGCGUUCCGUGCAACGCACCAUUGCCGAGACCGCAACAACCUACGAUGUGUAUUGCGUUCCAAAUCCGAAUCGGGGUUGUAACAUCGAACUGUGCAUUCCUCUUUUCUACGGCAAACAUCCCGGUGUCAUGGUGCAAGACUCCAAGCACGGAGGCAAGACAGCACGGAAUCAGGUUCAAACAGGCGCAAGAGCUCCAGAACUCGGGUUCUUCCUGAUUCUAUUCGCCCUCAUUUCCCUCAUCCUGGUCCAUCGGCGUUACUUCCCUACCUAUCCCUUCCUACCAUGGCUUCAUUCCACGGAAGUCUGCGAGCAUGCUUUUGGCAUGCUACGCACCAUCAAAGCGGAUUUCACAUUCUACGACAUGUUGAAUCUGGAACGAAAACUCCGUGUCUUGAUGAGGGGUGCCUUCGGUAAUCUUUCCGCCGAAGAACAGGCAGCUCAGACAGCAGCAGGGUAUCAGCACACUUACUUCCAGACUGACGACAUCAAUCUCCCUGUCUUGAUGAUCUUUCCGACGGACGCAGAGAUACGGCAAGCCUCUCUGUCAGCGUUCGACGAGACUUCACAGUUGAUGAAGUUACUCGGUAUUGACGCUACCGCCAUGCUCAAGUCAUAUCAUCCCCCUGAGCCAACAACUGUUCGCCUUCCACGGAUUCCAAGACCGCGAGCACCGAAUACAAUCUAUGACCUCAUGAACUUGACAGAGGGUGCUCUUGCGCGAUGCUCGUUCAGAGAUCAGGAGUUGAUCGAGUCUUGUGAGAUGGCUGUAGCAGCACAGGCCGUGGACGAAUCUGCAAAGAUCACGGCCUUACCUGACUCCAACAACGUUGAUGUGCAAGCCAUCCGUUCCGAUAUUGCUACGCAAUUGAGCCAAACAUCUGAAACUGUCAAGCAACGUCUGUUCGCCGUUUCCACCCUUGAGCUGGUAGUCAACAAUGCUCUGAAUUUCACAGUUCUUGUAUCUCAGCGCCGAGAGCAUCAGACAAAGUUCGCAGCCAAGGCCGUUCGACAACGGGGUCUGGGAGUUUCGUCAGUAUUGGUGAAGCAAAGCAAGAUCGCAUCCCCCAUGAGCGACGAGCCCUCGCUUCGCGAUACCUUGAAGCAACGAUUGGCGCAGCUCCUCCCCAAGAUUAGCGUGGCUGGAAAAACAAGCGGGGUCAAUCGACACAUCCGACACGCGGGUUCCUACGGCUCAACCUCGAAGCGCGAGGAGAACAAGGCCACCGUCAUCAAAGUCGCUUCUGCUAACUUCGUGAAAUUGCGGGCAGAUGUGUUCCAUCGCUACCGCCUCAUCGCAUUACGGGAGAACAUGUUUUGCGCGAAUGUCACCGAGAUCAACCCCAUCAAGCCAAGUGACUUCAUGAUUGUGUUGCAUCCUGCGACACGGCAGGUUGUCUUGUGCGAAGUGGCAACCAUGUAUACAAGGACUUCGACACAUGAGUGGAUCCCAGCUGCCUACAGCGUCGGAACGCCAUCAUACGUAUAUGCGUGGCUUUACACUUCUCUCGCUGGGAACAUCUUCUCCUCCAUCGCGUGUAAAAAGCUGUCAUGUCCCACCAUCCUGCAGAUUCCUCGCACCCACAUCUUGUACUCUCUCGCAUCGUUUUCGGGGAUCAGUCAACAGGACGUUACCACCGUUGGCGGUCAUCCCCACAAGCUGGUCACCUUGUGCGCGGACUCGUUAAUGGUCAUGCAAGUGCUCUCCGAAGUGACACCCGCUGUGAACUCAGCCGUCAACGCUCUUGUGUCAGCCAAGUGCUCAGGAGGCGCGGAACCACCCGCAACAAUAUUGCCACCCCUUCUGACUUCGACAACUCUGCCAUCCACCGAAGAUGAUCGUUCCGAACCGGAAGACGAUGGUAUCGAUGAUUUUGUGGUGGUGGAUGAGGAAGCUGAGGCCGCCAAUUGA